CGACUCAUUCCUGAAAACGGCCCCAGAGACGCCGUGCACGCGUGGAGCGGCCCCGGUGUGAUGUUCGGCUAGACUCGAUGCCGAGACGAUCUGGGCCGCGGCGUGAACGCGUUUACGCGUCCAAGCGCGCGGAUAACGCUGGUCCUGCUUGAUGCAGUGCGCCGCACGUACUCUACGGAUGCAGCGGAACGAUGACGUUUGGGCGCCACUACCGUCGGAUACUGGUGCUGCACUACUACCAGAGCGGCCUAGGCUGCAAGAAGCUCGCGCAGCUCACUGUUCCGCCCGUGUCCUACUCCACGGUCCGGCGGAUCAUCCGACGGUUUCGGCGGUACGGUGACUACGAUACGCCUGCCAACAGCCGGCGUCGACGCGCCGGCCUCAUUCCCAGCGAUCGCGUCGAUUGGCUCGUCGCCUUUCUCAAGGAGCGGGACUGCACGCUGUACCUGGAUGAGAUGGUGGAGCAGCUGCGGGACCAGUUCGGCACGACGUACAGCACGUGGUCGGUCUGCCGCGCGCUGCUGCGGCGCAAGAUCACUCGCAAGAAGAUCAGCGUCAUUGCGGCGCGGCGCAACGUUUUGGAGCGCGCGGUCUUCAAGGCGAACAUGGCCAAAUACGGCCCGCACCAGCUCGUCUUCAUCGACGAGACGCGCAAGGAGCCGCGGACGCUCAAUCGGCGCUACGGCCGGGCAAGAGCCCGGGCGCUGCACAGCCUCCCGUUCACGCGCCACGCGAGCGGCUACUCCGCGCUCGGCGUGCUCACGGUCCGGGGCAUGAUUGACUGCGCUGUGACGGACGCACGCGGCGUCGACGCCGAGACGUUCAUCCGGCAUCUCGCCGAACACGUCGUGCCGCGCGUCGCGCGGCGUCCUCGUAGCCGCCUCGCAGUCUCACGGUGCGCGUCCCGCGCAGGCACCUGAACCCGUUCCCCGGAGACCGGUCGGUCGUUGUCCUGGACAACGCCUCGGUGCACUGGGACGACCGCGUCCGGCGCCUCAUCGAGGGCGAGGGCGCGAUCCUCCUCUACCUGCCCGCCUACUCGUACGACUUCAACCCCAUCGAGAUGGCCUUCAACGAGGCCAAGGCCACGCUCGAGCGCCUCCACGGCACCGACCGCGCCUACCUCGAGGCCAUGCCUGAGGAGGCCCUUAGGCAGGCGCUUCUCUCGAUCGACUCCGAGAACGCCGCCGCCUACAUGCGCCACUGCGGCUGGCGCGCGACGCCCUUCCUCCCGGGGCUCCUCGACGAGGUCUAUAUGUAAGCAUUUUUGUCUGU